AUGGCUUCAGAGGCCCCAGUCACGAUCCCUGCAACUUCAAAGACUAAUCGAGUGUCCAAAGCAAAAGAACCCGCCAAGGCCGCGUGCUUCACAUGCCGUCGCAAAAAAGUGCGCUGCUCCGGUACUUCUCCAUGCACCUACUGCAGCAAGCGCGGACUUGAGUGUGCACUUCCGGAGCUAGGCCAGCGACGGGCUUACUCCAUCUUGCAAGUUCAAAAGCUUCGCGACAGAUUGGCACGAUUUGAGAAUUCCGAUGCCUUUGCUUCUCACCCUGAAUUUACAGACGUGGUCAAUGUUUUGGUGCCACCUACUGGCGAAACACCCUUUUCUUCAGCGGAAAAUGCCACUGCUAUUCGAUCCCCUCUGCCAACUCCGGUCGAUGUUGCAGAGGAUGCUACGCAACUUCCACUGGCACUGAGCGAGCCACGUGUUUCGGUGCUAGAACAGACCAGCCCACUCAGUCAUCGAGACAUCAAUAGGGAUACUUCUCUGACAUCAAGUCAUACAUUCGGCUCUCGGGUCCAGAGUCUUCUGGAGACUUCGAGUUACAAACGACCCAUCAACCAUUCAUACAGCACUAACACAACCAAGUCUCUACCGAGCAUGGAGCAAAUGCCCACAGAGCAUGAGGCAUAUCGCCUGCUAGAAGUCGUCAUAUUCUAUAUCGGCGAAACACAGCACCAUUUUGAUGUUCGUCAGUUUACUGAUCGCCUAGGUGAAUUCUAUGCCAAAUCGCUCGACAUGGCGCAGGAAUCAACACCGUGGGUCCUUGAGAUGCUUCUCAUUCUUUCUAUAGGGCAGCUAUUCUCAGGACAUGUCGAUUGUGACUCUGAGACACCAGGAGAUAAGCUUUUCAAUCACGCAUAUACAAACCUUCCAACGCUAGGUGAGCUGUAUACACUUGGCUCUCUGGGUGUUGAGCUUCUUGCCUUGGUGGCAGUAUAUCUUCAGAAUAUCAAUCGCAAGGAUGAAGCGUAUCUUCAUAUUAGCACUGCUCUGCGACUGGCAGUCUCUCUUGGCUUUCACCGCCGCUCAGGAUCCCAGCAAUUAUUGAAAUCUCAGCAAAUUCACAUAAACCGACUUUGGUGGACAGUAUACAUGCAAGAACGUCGCCUUGCUGCUGCCACCGGCAAUCCUUGUAGCAUCAAUGACGAGGCAAUUGAAUUGGCUCCUCCGACUGAUCGGAUAGGUUACUCGACCUCUGGGCUCUUGAGAAUUAACUUGAGAAUUUCCAGGGUCUUGAGCAGGAUCCUAACAGUCAUAUACGGCAAUGAACGCUUGGCUGAAGAUAGUUUUAUCCCCAACGUCCGAGAUAUUGUCAAAUCAAUUUUCGAAAUUGCGCAAGACAUUCCACCAGAGAACCUUGCAAGAUAUCCAGGCCUAAGUCUGGACUCUUCUACACGGGCUUCGGCAUAUCUGCACAUAAUGCUAUAUCAAGCACUCAUUCUUACAACUCGUCCAGUUAUGUUGCACGUAGUAAACAAGAUUUUGAAUGGCGAAAUCAGAGACCUCACAGCGCUCGAUGUUUCACCACUAGCAAGGUUUUGCCGCAGUUGCUCUGAGGCAGCUAGGCGGCUUUUAGACGUGAUAUGUGGUCUCCGGGAAAGGAACAUGUUGAUGAUAUUUGGAUUCUUCGACUUUGACGCUGUACUCAGCGCCGCUUUUGUGAUGAUCCUCUCUACUGUAAUAGACUCCAUUGGGACGAUCAGUCAACCGAGUCGGGAUAUCCCACCACCAGGUCUCCAAAUUGCACUUGAGACAUUACAAUUUCUUGCAGGCCGUGGUAAUUAUUUUGCCCAACGUGGAUACGAGGAUGCAAGACAAACGUGGCUACACUUUACCGCCUACCAGCAGCGCCGAGUUCAAAGAAGAAUGUCACAAGAUCAGUCACCAUCAAACGUUGAUCUUGGCAGUUCAGAUCGAGAUCUUUCAAACUCAAGCACGUCAAAACUACCAGCAACGCCCGUCACCUUGCAAAAUACGAGUAACGCUGCAGCAAGGCUCACGGAGACGUGGAAUCAACCAGCCUCAGUCGACUAUGAUCCCUUUAGAUCUUCUGCGGGCAACCAAGCACUGUCUUCGGAUACUGACUUAUUGAGCAAUUUAGCACACUUAUGGGAUGAGACUACAAACCCUGUGCCAGAGGAGAUGAUAACGGAAGGCAAUGAGUGUCCACCCGCCUCCACAGUCGAUGAAUUACAUAAUUCUCUCUAUCCGAUGUACAGCACCCUAGAUCUGGCACUGGGUAUGGACGACUUGGAGCAAUUUGCUGAGUUCCGGAAGAACAUCUUGAACCUAUGA